UAAAAAAUCAUUUUUUACACCAAUAUAAUUGUUCGCAGAUGGGUGAAGGCAAGUGCCCGCGGUACUGGGACGACGGCACGGCGCAGUACGAGCACAUAUCGGUGCAGUACGAGGAGAGCGAGUCCUGUCCGUAUUACACCAGGCGGCAGUUCAGAGUUAUUAAUAACAAGAGCGGCGAGGUGUCGUCGGUGCGCCAGCUGCAGUACCAGGGCUGGCCGACGGCGCCGGGACACGUGCCCGAGGUGACGCGCGGCCUCGCCGAGCUGGCGGACGCGGCCGACCCGCUGCACACGCCCACCAUGCUCGUGCACUGCCAACUGGGCACGGAGCGGUCGUCGCUGUUCGUGGCGCUGUGCAUCCUGAUCUGGCAGCUGCGCGUGGAGCGGCGCGUGGACGUGUGCUGCGUCGCGCGCAAGGUGCGCUCGCAGCGCGCCCGGACCAUCGACACAUUCUUACAAUACGAAUUCCUCCACCGUGCCAUACUAAACUACGCAGAGUUGCACAAUCUACUAGAGGACAGUUAAACCUCCGAUACGUCGUGUCAGGUACAUGAGAAUCUAUGGUGGUAGAAAUAAGAGCUGUUUUCAUACAAACCGUGCAACAGGGAUAUAUAUAAAUUAAAAAAAAAAUCCGUUGUAAGAUUUUAUAUUAACCAAAGAGUUUCACACGCAAUUGUUUAGAUUAAAAAAAAAUCGGAUCGCACGUUUUGUAUGAAAACAUCGCUUCGUUGUAAUGUGAAACUUAUCGGGCCUAUAUUUAAGGAUGUUUUUCCUUUGAAACAAUUCUCAAUUUUGCUACCAAACACUUUUAUAUUAGUCGGAUGUGAUUAUGCAAUAAAGAUAUAAAACCAAAUUUAAAAUAAUCAAAAUACAAUACGUAUUAUAUUUAAGUUAAAACAACUUAUAUAAUAAUUGCUAUUUAGGACCAGGAUAAUGAAUACAAAAAAAUGUGGCAUGUAUUUCGUAAAUCAUUGCUUCCUUAGCGUUUAAUAAUAAUAAUAAUUUAAAUUAUACCAACUUAAUAUUUCGACAUGGAGUUUUUUUUUACAAAUCCCAGUUUUGUCCUAGAUUGCAUAAUCACGUCCAUUGUAAGUGUAGGUUUUGUAUAUUUGGUGUAAUUUUUAUUUCAUAUAUUUCUUUCGUACGUCUUCGCCGCCUUUCCCCGCGAUGUUUCUAAAACGUGUGAAUUAAUUUAAUAUUAUUAUUAUUUUAUUAUCCUAGUAGGUGCUUCAAUUGAUUUAAGACAUUUAUUUAGUGACAAAAAUAUUUUUAAUUUUUAUUUAAUUGUGUGCCGGCAUUGUACAAAACGGUAAACGUGUUCGAAAUUCAAAAUUAAAUGAAAAAUACUUUUUUUUUGUGACGACAAACUUUAUGCAGUGAUUCAGCCCAAUUUUAUUUUAUUUUUUUAAUUGUAUAAGUUUUAUUUUGUUUCGCACGUGACUGAUUCCAGAAUUAAAAUUAUAUUGUAAAACUUAAUACAAAUUGUACACUGCGGGCGCACAUAUUGUUUUAUCUCAAUGUUAUUUUAAUUAUU